UAGGCUGCGGGAGGACUCCGAGGGCGCCUCGUUGGUAGUCGGCCAUGGAUUCGCUUCGUAAAGCAUUAGUCGCGGUUGCAGUGCUAGGCACGGGUGCCGGCGUGGGCACCACUCUAUUUGCUCUUGUGGUCCCAGGAGAACUACAGAAGCAGGCAAUGCUGCAGGAGAUGCCGGAACGGGACUCGCGGCGCAGGGACGAAGCUGUCAGGACCAAGGAACUUGUGAUGGCUACCCUGAAGAAAGCGGCGGCCACGGAGGAGAACGUGACCUGGAGGAAGAACUGGUUGGGAGCAGUUAACAAAGGCAGCAGGUCAGCGUGACACCAGAGCUUGCAGGUGGGCGCCGGGACCUUCGAGGCUCUUCGUGCGCCAGAUUCAGAGUAACACAGGACUCUACCAGGCACAGGGAGCUCCGGUCGGUGAACGCGUUUAACGUGCACAUAGCGUGACAGGGCCGAGAUGGUCGGAUGUAUGGAACCAAAGGAAUAAAUCCAGUUCAUACGUUAAGUAAACUCACAGCUGGAUAUCUAACGCCUAGAGAGCUUGAGUGUUGGCACGAUGGGUGCAGAAGACAGGGGCAGCCGACUGUCUGCCACUCUCUCUGGAGAGUUCUAAGUCCAAUAGGUUUUCUGACAUUUCUGAACAAACAGGUCACAUGAUCUAAGUUUGCUUCUGCAACUGGCAGUAAACGACUUGCUAAAGUCUUUUUGUGUCUAUGUUGUGUGAAUGAAAAAUGAAACUGAAAACCAGUUCUCUACUUCCA